AUGGAGGUCAUACAAAUUGAAGACAGAGUUCAACUAGAAAAGUUGUCCGAACCAAGACCUAUCCUGUCGAGACUGGUCAAUUAUGAACCUCUUUCUAAUACACACCUAAAAUUCAAACCUUUCCCUCUAAGUGAACUGUCCACCACAGAACAAAUCAGAGAUCAGGAGGCCCUUGUGGUUAGAGAUCUUUUGAAUGUCCUUAUGGGGCUCGAUGGAUCAUAUAUCCGUUACAAUAAUAGUUUUAAUCCAAUCAGUGGUGACAUACCCGAAUUUAGAAUUGCUAAGAAGAUGGAUUCCUCCUUGAAAGCUUUGUGUAGUAGAGUGGUAAAAUUGGGGAAACAAUAUUUUUUUCUUUGCAAAUGCUUUGAAAAAUGGUGCGAUUUGCGCUAUGGGAUGACAUUACAGAGACUAGGGUAUGAAAUUAGACAAUUUAUUCAACUGGACUAUUUAAGGUUCGUGGAGAGUUUGGAAAGACAAUUCAAUGAGAAUGCUACAUUUUCCAUUAGGGAAUUUAUUCAGAAUAUUAAAGAUACAGAGGUUAUUAAACAAUUGGAAUUAUUAUACACAAUUUGUCAUAAGAUCGAGAAGGAAAUGUAUUUGCGAAGUAAUGCUGACUUAUUAGAAGAGGAUUUUAACAAUUUUAUUAAUGACUUGAGAGACGAAUUACAAUAUAAAGAAGACAUUAUGUUAGCCACUGAUACAAGCCUGUUACCCAUUGCGAAAGGUGGUAUUAUCUUAAAGAUUGUUCAAAAAUCCAUAUCUGAAAAUUUAGGAGAUAGAAGCAGUGUAACUUUUCUGAAGUCACUCAUUAACAACAUAAGUCAGAACUACUGUCAAAUAUUACAUGAAUGGUUGACUCAGGGCCUAUUAAAUGACCCAUAUGAUGAGUUUAUGAUAUGUGAUGCAAUGAAAAAUGUGGAUACAAGUAUUGCCAAUUUAAAAUUUGACGAUCGUCUUUGGUUUACUCAAUAUCGUAUCAGAAAGGAUGGAUUACUACCGAGAUUUGAAUCAAGAGAGGGCAACGAAUUACUUUUCAAAGUUCUUAUGACUGGGAAGUUACUGAAUAUAAUCCGAAUCAGUUAUGAUAUCAAUGAAUUACCAAUGAAUGUCAAUAAUGGUGAUAUAAUACCGAACUUUGUAGAAUUACUGGAAGGAACAAAUCUAGAACUCUAUGUGAAUCAAUGGUAUAAUAGAGCAAACGAGUUAUGCUUUAAACUUUAUUUUGAUGGUUAUGAUUUGCACUCAUUUCUACAAAGUCUGCAAAUGCAAUAUUUUGGUUAUCACAAUGGACAUGGAAUUUUAAAAUUUUUACAGAGGAAUAUUGUGGAUUUAGCCAGAAAUUAUAAAGGUGAUACUACCAGUAUUGAAAAUAAAUUAUUUCAAAUUUUUCUCAGUGAGAGAAAGAAUUCAUCAAAUCAUAAUACAUCAAUGCAAUUUCUCACUUUGGGAUUUGAUAAACAGCCCUUUAAUGAGGUUAUCCUACAAUAUGUGCAACAAGACAUUUCAAGAUUGAAUGGAACACCUGAUGAUGAUAAUAGUGAAGAAAUUUUGCACGCUCCCAAUUUUAAUAAUUUACGUUCAAUUCUUCUAAAUGAAAUAAAUCAUUCACCAUCAACAAAAACUCAAGUCAAGAGUAAUAUUUACUAUUUGCAGUUCAAUAUGCGAGUGCCCUAUCCAUUAAAUAUUAUUGUCAACAGGACCUGUAUUGAUCAAUUUCAAAUCAUAUCACGUUAUAUCUAUUUACUCCAAUACCAUUGUAAAUUACUCGAUGAUAUUUGGUUCGAAGUGAAUAAAAAUAAAUUAUGGAGAUACCGUGGAUAUUCACCUGAUGUACAACGGAAUGUCAUCAGAAAGAGCCGAGUCCUACACAGUAAGAUGAAUAAUUUCUUCAAGAAUGUGUUACAGUAUUUUACUCAAAAUGUGGUUGAAAGAGAAGCAUCCCUGAUGCUUUCCCUAAGGAACUCACCUAAAUAUAUCAAUGAUUUCCAAAACCUAAUUCAAGAAUGUUUAACUAAUAUAAUGACCAAUUGUUGUCUUUCUCAACUAAUGGAAAUUCAAUUACAGAUGUUUGAUAUUGCUCACAAAUUUUGCAAAUUCAUCAUUACCCUAAGAUCCAAAUUGAACCAGGUAGAUCCCAGAUUACAAUAUCGAUCCAACGACUAUAGCCAGGAGGAGAGUAACACACCAGGAUACGACGAGGAUGAAGCUUUGAAACUAACCUCUGACCUCAGUGGAUACAUCAAUGUAGUUUACACCGGGUUUGACCAACAUGUGCAAGCCUUCAUGGAGGGGCUCCAUCACUUCUACGAUAACAGAACAAGACUAAGAAUCCGAGAGGAUCGAAAUGGACUCGGCGGCUAA